UCCCUCCUCCUUGCUCUUCCCACCCUAACCGGCAGAGGGGCCCAAGGAAGACACAGGCACUCUGCCCUGUCUCAGCAGGGCCAGGGGGCCAUGUCCCUCAUCCCAUGGCUCCGGUGGAACGAGGCCCUGCCCCGGCUGUCGUCCCGGAGCCCGGCUGAGAUGGUGCUGGAGACACUCAUGAUGGAGCUGGCGGGGCAGAUGCGCGAGGCCGAGAGGCAGCAGCGGGAGCGCAGCAGUGCGGGCAGGAAGAUCUGCACCGGAGUGGACUACAGCUGGCUGGCCAGCCCGCCCCGGGCCACCUACGACCUCAGCCCUGGUGAGCGGCUGCAACUAGAGGAUGUCUGCGCCAAGAUCCCCCCGUCCUACUGUGGGCCCGCCAUCCUCAGGUUCCGGCAGCUGCUGGCGGAGCAGGAGCCCGAGGUGCGGGAGGUGUCUCCGCUCUUUCUCUCGGUGCUGCGGGAGGUGCUGGAGAGGACGAAGCAGGAGGAGGAGGCCCGCAGGCUGACCCGGCAGUGGAGCCUGCGGCCCCGCGGCCUGGCGCUGGCCACCUUCAAGACCCGCACGCGCAUCGCUCCCUUCGCCAGCGACAUCCCCACCAUCUCGGAGGACGUGGAGCGGGAUGCACGGCCCCCGCCCCGGACCUGGAGCAUGCCCGAGUUCAGGGCGCCCCAGGAGGACUGA